UUGUUUUGAAUGAUUAAAUUUCGUGAAAGAUAGGUGGAGUUCGUGGAACUGAGAAGAUAAUCCUUAAACACUGUUAAAUGACAAGCCAAUACUGGAGAUACUUUGCCACGAGAGAUACUAUGUAUAAAUCAUCAGUGUAAGAGCAUGGCUGAAAUGCUGAAAAUCUGUGGGAAUGGACCAGAUGGAGAGGGAAGUGCAUGGUGUGGGUACAGUUUGGGAGAAAACCAUUAAGGAGACUUGGAAUUUGCUGGAUAAGGUCUUGAAGGAAGAGAAUCUUUUCAGUUGCCAUUCUUUUACAUGUCUUCCUCGUAUGGAAAAGGGCCAAGAGGAGGUCACUGGGGUCAUGAGAGACAAUAUGGCUCAGGUUCUUAAGUGCCUGAAAGUCUUGUAUGAUCUUCCAUCAAAGACGUUUAUUACAGCUCUUCAAAUGUUGGACAUGUUUCUUGGAAAAAUCAAGACUCAACCUAAACACCUAUCUUGCAUUGCACUGAGCUGCCUACAUCUCUCUUUGAGCGGGAUGGAAAAAACGAAGAAGAUAUCUCCUUCAGAACUAAUCAGAAUCAGCCAGAAUCCUUGUAGUGCUCGAGACGUGCUGCGUAUGGAAGGAAUCAUUAUCCAGAAGCUAGGCUGGCAACAGGAACCAGUAACAGCCUUGAACUUCUUGCAGUUAUUCUAUACGCUAUACUGCUAUGCUUCCGAGAUAACCAGGAAAGGAGAACGCCAUAUAAAGAGUCCCGUUACUUUCUCACUGGAAGAAUGUACAAGGAAGCUUGAAGUGCUGGCGUGCAGUCACUUGAGUAUGGGCUUUAAGGGGAGUGUUUUAGCUCUAGCUAUACUGAGCAAGGAGAUACAAACUCAAGAAGAUAACUGCUGGAAUUGGAAAGCUUGUAUAGCAGACCUCCAGUUUUAUUGCAAGAUAAAGCGCCAAGAGCUGAAAUCUGCACAAGCAGUUGUUACGAGAGUGCUUUCAGUCUACAAUCAAAAGUGCUGUCUUCCUGAUCCACUGAGACAGAAACUUUCUUGGAAGUUAUCGGUUCGCACUUUGAGGCAGUUGAGGUUACUGAAUCGCUGGCGCUUUAGUCAACUGAAACCAGUGUACGAAGUGGAGAGCUGUCCAAGUGGUGUCGACUUACCGUGGUUAGUUUGUAAUCUUUUAGAUUUAAUAGUAAGUUUCGAAGUUGACAUCCCUAACAGUUAA